AUGGAUAGAAAUUUUAAAUCUUGUGAUAAUAUUCAAAUUUCAAAGAAAAAAAAUGCUGUAAUCUUUUAAGAUUCCUUAGAUGCAAGAAAUUCUUUUUCUAGAAAUGCUAGCGAAGAUUUAAAACAAUUCCAUAGGAGUUGCUAUGUUUUAAUGCCAUAAAUGAAAAUAAGGAAAAAUAAAAAAUCUGGUGAAAUAGAAAUAGAAAAAAAGAAUGGAAAAUCAAUUGAAAAGUUUGAGAAUUUGUAUGGAGAGGAAUUUAAUGAGCAGGCUUAUUAAAAUAAUGAAAAAUUAUGUGUAAAUAGUUUAAAAAAUUGGUACCAAGAGAAAAAAAUUAUGGGAGACUGCAAAUAAAAAGACUAAAUAAAUCAUGUUUUAUUUGAUAGAUAUAAAAAGGAAAUACAAGUGAUACAGAGAAAUUAAUCUAAUUCAUCAUCUAUAAAAUAGUAAGUUGUAAAUGAUCCUGAGUUAAGAUUAGAUAUCAUCAAUUCAAUAGAUUAAGUUAACUUUUCUUAGGAAUAAAGAUAGUCUUAAGAAUAAUAAUUGCAAGAAAGCUUUAGGGGAAGUUUAUAUGAGAAGUAGUUUUUCAAUAGAUGGAGUUAAGAAGCGAUUAGAAAUGAACUUAACCAUAAAAUAAUCAACGAUAUAGUAUUUAACAAAAUGAAAAAAUUACUAAAUAGCCCAAAAUUUUAAUCUGAAAGAGAUAAAUAACAGGAAAAAACUAAAGAAUAAUCUUUAUUAUUAGGUAUUAGUUAAAUGAAUUAAGAAAGUAUUGAAUCUAAGUAAAAUAACAAUCCUAAUAAAACUGCUAUAAAUGCUUCUUUAUUAAAAAAAGAAAAUUAAAAUGUUAUAAAUACAAAAUUUAAAUCAAAGAGCUUACAUGCUUCUUCUCCAUAAAUAAAAAAUGAAGUGGAUGAUUAGCCAAAAAUAGAAUUCUUACCUCUAAACUUAUCCAUAAGCAAAAAACAAAGUAUUGAAGAUCAAGAAGAAUAAUUCUCUAAUUUCAUAAAGUUUAAAAAUAAAGAAGACCUUUAUUAUGGGCUUAAUAGCUUUAAAUGUAUUGCUUAGAAAUAUAAAUCUGUAAACCAUCAUAUUGAUUACCAAAGUAUAUAAAAAAAAAUGAGAGAAAAUAUUACGAAAAAAGAAACUUUGUUUGAUCUCGAUUAAGAUAGAGAAUAGCUUUAAAAAAAAGUUCUCACAUUAAAGUUUGUUGAAGAAACUAUCUUAAAAAAAUAUUAAAAAAUAAGAAUCAUAAUAAAUAAUAAAAAGGAAAUUAUUACUAAUUUAAUAUUUAACUUAAAUGACUUCUUUAAAUAGAUUUCUUAGAAUUAGCAAACACUGUAAACUAUGCAGUAAGAUUUAGAAAAUAAGAUAAAGUAGGAAAUAGCUAAAAGGGUUUAAUAUAUUCAUUUUAGUUUAGGUAGGAGAAAUGUUAUAUUUCAAAGAACAGAUUAAGAAGAUAAAUUUUAAAAAAUUAGAAAACAAAACUAAAUAAAAGAGGAAUAAAUACAAAAAGAAAUAUCUAUUUUAAAAAUGAAAGUCAAGGAAAUUUAAGAGCAGAUAGAUUCUUUAGAGAAGAGUGUUUCUUCUUUAAAGUUGUAAAAAAAGUAAAUAAAACUCCAUGCAAAAGAAUUUUACCUGAAUAUUAUUUCAGAAGGCAUUGAAAAAUACGAACAUAAUGAAAACGCUUCUUAUUUAGUUUAAAUGUUUUGGAAGAUGAAAGAAAAUUUUGAUAUUGAAAUGCUACCAAACACUCUUGAUACUGAAUCGAAAAUAUAUGUUUUUAAAUUGGCAAAUCUUUAGCAGAGUUUGAAAGAAAAGUAAGAUGAAAAAAAAAGAUAUCUUGAAUAAUUGGAAAUUAAAAAUAGUUAGUUAAAUGAUGUCAGUGGAAGAAGUUCAGGUGAUUAAUCCACGCUUUAAAGGUCGAUUGAUGAAUUUAAUAACUAGAUUGAAGAGUAAAAAUAAGUAAAGAAUGUAGCUUAAGAUAAUGUUUAAAAAUUAAAAGUUAAAAUAAAAAGUAUGAUUGGUAGUUGUUUAAAUCCUUAUAAUAAAGAGAAAUAAAUUAAUGUGAGAAAAAAAUCUAUAACCUCUUAUAGAAGUUCAUAUAAUUUUUAAUUGUAAGAUUAAAUAGUUACAGAAUAGAUAAUCCCUAAUAAUUAACCAAAUUAAACAAGCUUUAUGCAAAAUAUAAAUGCUAGAAUUGACAAAUCUGCUAUAAAAUCUUUAGAUUCUUAAAUAAAAUUAUUAGAAAGUUAGGUAGAUGACCUAACUAAAUAAGAAAUUAACAGAUUGCAGUAAAAUUUUAUUUCAGAUAGCAACAAUCAUAAUGAAAAAAUGUUGAAAUCGAGAUUGUGUUUUUUAUUAGGGUUUUAGAAGGGUUUAAAUGCUUUUUAAAAAAUUAUUAAGGAAUAAUAAAAAUAAGUUAAAAAUUAAAAAAUAGGUUAGGAAAAAAGAGAUAUUCCUACUUUAAAACUAUCAGCAGAUUUCAUUAACAAAUAGUAGAUUAUUUUAAAUGUAAAUAAUUAAUAAGAUCAUAAAACUUUAAUAAAAAAACAAAUAAAUUAGAAUGAAUCUUUAGUAGCUAGUAGCAGAAGUUAAAUAAAUUUAUUUAGCCCUAUAUACUAAGCUAAUUUGUCAAACAGCACCUUUAAGAAAUAGUAAAAACUUAAUUAAAACCAAAGCGGAUAAAUUUUUUUUAACCCUGACAAAUUAAAAAAUGUAAGCAUAUAAUUUGGAAUACCAAAUAAAGAUUUAAGUAGCUAUGUAAAUAGUGGUAAAUCUUAGAAUAAACUUAAAUCUAAUUAAAUUAAAUUUUAAUCAUUCAACUAAGAUAAGAACAAUAUACAAGCUUGA